UGUGUCAGACUGUGACGCCGGGAGCAUCUACGGUGCUGGAGCCCCAGUUACUAUUAAUAAAACACUGCUGCCACUAUUUUUCUUAUUUUUUUUAUUCUUAAUUUUUCUUGGAGGGAGGGUUGGGGGUCCGAUUCCCUCUCUGUAAGAACCGGUGGGCUUCAGGGUUCAUCCAUCUGCCAGAAAGAUGAGACUCCCUCUGAUUCUUGUCAUCUGCCUCUUUGGUCACACCGAGGCUUUAACCCAGAAACCCAGCCAGUUCCUCUGUGGGAAUGGGAAGAGCAUCACAUCCAUCUGGGUGUGUGACGGCACAGACGACUGCGGAGACGGCACAGAUGAGCUUCCUGGAACCUGCGUGGACAAAACUUGCAAACCAACGGAGUUCAGGUGCACGGGUCACGUGACCCUGUGCAUACCGAGCACCUGGCGCUGUGACGGAGAAACGGACUGCGUCAGUGGAGCCGAUGAACAGGACUGUGCUGCCAAGCAGUGCUCAGACUCCGAGUUUCGCUGCACGAGCGGCCAGUGCGUCUCCUCCUCCUUUGUGUGCGACAAAGAUGCCGACUGCGAUGACGGCAGCGACGAGGCCUCCUGCCCGCCAAUCACGUGCAGCGGCGCGUCCUUCCAGUGCAACAACAGCGUUUGUGUUCCCCGGCUGUGGGCCUGCGACGGCGACGCAGACUGCUCGGACGGCUCGGACGAGUGGGCCCAGAACUGCGCCACGAGGACCCCCACGCGCGCUCCCAUUCACCAGUGCUCCCUCCAGGAAUACCAGUGCGGCAACGGGGAGUGCGUCCAUGUCAGCUGGAGGUGCGAUGGCGAUACUGACUGUCUUGAUCGAUCCGAUGAAGCUGGAUGUGCUCAUUCCACGUGUCGCCCCGAUGAGUUUGAAUGUGGCGAUGGUACGUGCAUCCACGGCAGCAACCAAUGCAACCACCGGUACGACUGCACAGACAUGAGCGACGAAGUCGGCUGCAUCAACGCGAGCCACUGCGACGGUCCGAACCGGUUCAGGUGUCACAGCGGGGAGUGCGUAAGCAUGGAGCGGGUAUGCGACAACAAGCGUGACUGCAGGGACUGGUCAGACGAGCCGCUUAGGGAGUGCGGCUCCAACGAGUGCCUCUACAACAACGGCGGCUGUUCUCAUAUCUGCAACGACCUGAAGAUUGGCUACGAGUGCCUGUGUCCAGCUGGAUACAGCCUCGUCGCUAAGAGACGGUGUGAAGACAUUGAUGAGUGCGCAAACCCAGAAACCUGCAGCCAAAUCUGCAUCAACCAUAUGGGCGGUUACAAAUGCGACUGUGAGGAAGGUUAUCAUAUUGACCCGGCGACGCAAGCUUGCAAAGCUGUUGGUACAACACCUUACCUUUUCUUCACCAACCGCCACGAGGUCAGAAAGAUGACCCUGGACAGAAGUGAGUACACAAGAGUGAUCCCCCGAUUAAAGAACGUGGUGGCCCUGGACAUGAACGUGGCCACCCAAGAGAUGUACUGGUCCGAUCUUUCACUGAAGAAAAUCUACAGAACCCCAAUGGACUCAGCAGAGGACUUCUCCCAUCACAAUGUGGUGAUAGGCAGCGACAUCGAUGGUCCUGAAGGAAUAGCCUUCGAUUGGGUCCACGGCAACCUGUAUUGGACUGACAGCAUUCGGAAGACUGUCUCCGUGGUAACCGCUGACGGUAGCCGCCGCAAAACCCUCUUUCGCCAAGACUUAUCGAAGCCCCGUGCCAUUGUGGUGGACCCACAUUCCAACUUCAUCUACUGGACCGACUGGGGGAGUCCUGCAAAGAUCGAAAAGGGAGGCCUUAAUGGAGUAGACCGCACCGCUCUGGUCACGGACAACAUCGUGUGGCCUAAUGGCAUCACAAUAGACCUGCUGAACCAGCGCCUCUACUGGGUGGACUCUAAGCUGCACACGCUCUCCAGCAUCGACGUGCAAGGCGGCGGUCGGCGCACCCUGAUCAUCGACGAGGACAAGCUGGCUCACCCGCUGGGACUCACCGUAUUCGAGGAAAGAGUGUUCUGGACAGACGUCAGCAAUAACGCCAUCCUCAGCGCCAACAGGCUGACUGGUGGUGACAUCGCACCGGUGGCGGAACAUCUUUCGUCCCCCGAGGACAUCGUUCUUUACCACAACCUCAAGCAACCUGCUGGAAGGAACUGGUGCCAGGUCUCCAACAGCACCUGUGAAUUCAUGUGCCUAGCUGCCCCCCAAAUAGGCACCCACCCCCCAAAAUACACCUGUGUCUGUCCAGAUAAUACGAUGCUAGCAGGGGAUAUGAGGACAUGUGUGCCUGCUGUUCCAACUCCUUCAGCUUCUUCAGAGUCUCAGGCCUCGACUACCCACCCUCCUGUUGUCCCUACAACGCCGCCAAAGACCACGCCUCCAAAGACAACACAGAAGCCCCGGGUUCCAAUUACUACCACAGUGCCUCCCAUAAUCACCACUACAGCCACCAAGUCAGUGCGGCAUCCCACCAGGCCUGCGGUUCGGACCACCACACCUUUACCAAAGAAGCCCUCCCCUCAGCCAGAAAAGCCUAAAAUCUUCCAAACUACCACAGUUGCUCCUGUCACGACUCCAGGUGUUCCACCUAAAGGUGUCGCAGUUAUACCCGAAACUACCUCCAGCACCUCAAAAACGCUUUACUUUGUCCUUCCUCUAGCGAUACUUUGUCUGGUGGCCGUCGGGGGCGUGUUGCUGUGGAGAUACUACAGGCUCCAGAACACCAACACAAUGCACUUUCAUAACCCCGUCUAUCAGAAAACCACUGAGGACCAGGUUCACAUCUGGAGGAGCCAGAGCCUGGAAGGUUACGCCUACCCUAAAAGACAAAUUGUGAGCUUGGACGAAGAGGCGGACAAUCCUUCCUUCAUUGAAAACUGAAAGAAGAAUUACAAAGUGGGGGGAAAACAUUGUGCCUCAGUGAACACACUAUUUGAGGCCUUUAGUAUAUAUAUAUUUUUUUUUUACCUCACGCAGAGAACAUACAAAGCCAGCGUCCGACAGCCUUAGACCACUACAUCCUCACUAACAAACGAGUGCUUUACUGUGAAAAUAACAGGGUGAAAAAGUUGACGUCGGAGUGCACAUCACAUGUUAUAUAACAUCUCAGGUUUAUAUCUUAAAACAAACCAGCUGACCGUCAUGUGUUCUCCAGUAUAUUUAAACUGUGAUCCUGAUGGUUGAAUUGGAGCAAAGCAGUUUUUAAGAUGAGAUUAUUAUUUUUGUUGUUUUUAGCUUUCUCUUGAUUCUCUUAAUGUUCAUUGCAACUUCCUAAUCAAGUUUAGGAGAAGUCGAGAAGCUUUUAAUGGAGAUUUAUUUUUGUGUGUGUUAUUUAUCAUUUCAGAUACAUAAGACAGAUUGAACAGUACUCUACUGGCAGGGUUUGAUUUAAAAAAAAAAUUGUUUACCUCUAACUGCAGCUAACAAUCAAUUGUCUGGCUCUGCACGCAGUAACACAAUAGUUCCACUAAGUCAUAAAUGCAACAGGUCAACCACUGAAUAGACGGCUGCGUGUUGUGUGCACAAAUCUUCUGCCAGAAGGCACUAAUGUAAGUUCUUCAAGUUCUGGUUACACUUCACCUGCUUAGGAAAAAAAAACAAAAAAAAAACGUCAGAACCAAACGCUGCUCGAAGUUUCGUGUAGCUCUCUAGAUCUUCUCCAGAUGUCUCCGGUAUGAAACGUUCAGAAGGUUCAUACAUUCCUCGGAGUUGGGGAAACUUUAAUGCAGCCACGUGGGACCAACCGAGCCGAGUUUAAUGCUCCGCAUCCAGUCAAGUAUGCAUUUAUGUUCUCCCCUUUUACACCAGCAGUCCUGGUGAAGGAAUGGCAUGUGGUUAAAACAAACAAGAAAAAAAAAGCAUCUAGAUAUCAGUUAUAGUUUUGUUUUACAGCGAAUGUAUGUGCCUUUUAUUGAGAUGUCUCUGUGUUCAUGUUGGUGCUAUUGAACUCAAGAGUUUCUGUUAUAAAUCUGCUCUUCAUCAUACGUUGAUGAAAUGGUUCUGCUGCGUUCACGUGACGUCGUUUCCGUUACGAAUGUGCGCAAAUCCUUUGACUAUAUUCAGCUAAAGUCGAAAAAAAAAAAAAAAAUUUCGCAAUUGAUGUUUAAAUGAAAUAAAAAAAAUUUAAAUAAAUCACACGUGACACGUAAACUAAGACAUUAAAAAUUACGGCAGCGACGGAUGUAACGGUUUCAUGGCGCGUGUUUAUAAUUCAGCCGUGGCGCUCGCGCUCAUCAUCUGUCGUUGAUGAGCCUUGGAAAUGGGGAAAUGGUAGUCGCUGACUUUACAGAAGAGCUGCGGAUUCAACACGUUUUUAUAGACCGAUAAGCCAGCCGCACAUUGUCCGAAAAACAAACCAUCACCUUUCUACUACCUCCUGUUGUUGUUAGGUUUUUUUUUUUUUGUCGUUCCCGCCAGUAUCGGAACAUCCGGCCGUUUAUCAUGUGACGCGAACAAACAUGUUUCCGUUGCGGAUUUGUGAAAUACAUUUAUUUUGAUACGGCUGAAAAAACACUUAAUUCUAGCACAAAAACGCGAUUUUUUUUUAAUACAUUUUUUUUGGAAGAUUGGCAUGUUUGUUAAGCAAAUUCAUUUUUGUAAUUUCAAUUUGUGCAAUUUUAUGGCGAAUGGAAACACAGCUAUUACGGUGUCAGACAGGGAAGGAGAGACAUACCGGAAGUCUUUUUUCUGUUCAGUGAUUAACCGCAGUUUGUAAAUAUGUUCAUAGAUGUACAUAAUUUGUCUUCUACAUACUUGUUCACUUGUGCUGCUGAUGUUUUAGCUUUUCAAGAUGUUCUGUAAAUAAAGACACAGUUCUAUUUAUUACAGAA